CUUCAAUGCAACAAAAAUUGAGAUCUCCAAAUUAAUUGAUAGAUCAAUUCAAUAUCCAAUAUGGGUGCUGUACGAAUCAAUCAGCAUUUCUUUGAAUUGGUAGAUGUUUCACAAAAGCUUCUCUGGGUAGUUGUAUGCAUUUUGUUUGUGGCAACUACGAUCGUAGCAAGCCCAAUACAGAUUCACACUUUUGUUAUUCAGUCUAUGUCAGUGACAAGGCUGUGUCAAAAGCAUGAUAUUAUCACAGUGAACGGACAGUUUCCAGGUCCAACGCUCUUUGUUACCAAUGGAGAUACUCUCAUUGUCAAAGUCAUUAACAAGGCUCAAUACAACGCUACAAUUCACUGGCAUGGGGUGCGCCAGAUGCGGACAGCGUGGGCCGAUGGGCCAGAGUACAUAACUCAGUGCCCCAUUCGGCCUGGAGGAAGUUACACCUACAGAUUCACCAUUAGCGGCCAAGAAGGCACUCUGUGGUGGCAUGCGCACAGCUCCUGGCUCAGAGCUACUGUUUAUGGAGUCUUAACUAUUCGUCCUAAGGAAGGAACACCUUAUCCCUUUCCAAAGCCUGCUCAAGAGAUUCCUGUCCUGCUAGGGGAAUGGUGGAACAGAAAUCCCAUCGAUGUUGUGAAUGAUGCAACGCGGACAGGAUCCAGCCCUAAUAUCUCUGACGCUCUCACUAUCAACGGGCAGCCAGGAGAUCAGUAUCAGUGUUCAAGCACAGAUACAUAUAAAGUUCCUGUGAAGGCUGGGGAGACUAAUCUUGUCCGGGUGAUCAACGGUGCACUGAAUACCGAUCUGUUUGUCGUCAUUGCAAACCACGAGAUGACUGUUGUAGGCGUGGAUGCUUCGUAUACAAAACCCUACAAAACGAACCUUCUGAUGUUGGGUCCUGGCCAAACCACAGAUGUACUCGUAACUUUCGAUAAAUCAGCAGGAAGUUACUACAUUGCUGCUCGAGCAUAUGCUAGCGCUCAGGGAGCCCCCUUUGAUAACACCACCACCACUGCCAUCUUUGAAUAUAGUAAAGGAAGCUCUCCUGUUAUGCCCCAACUCCCCUUCUAUAACGAUACACAAUCCGCCACCAAGUUUUCUGCAGGCCUGAGGAGCUUGGCCUCGCAAGACCGCCCUGUUUUUGUUCCUCAGAAAGUGGAUGAGAGUCUCGUUUACACGGUGGGAUUAGGACUUAUAAACUGCCCAGGGCAGUCUUGCGGAGGUCCGAAUGGAACGAGAUUUGCAGCAAGCAUGAACAAUCACUCAUUCGUACUGCCAUCAUCUAUCUCAAUACUGCAAGCGCACCAUUUCGGCAUCAAAGGUGUCUUUAGCAAUGGCUUCCCUGACGCUCCUCCCGUCCAGUUCGAUUACACUGGACAAAACAUUAGCAGAAGCCUCUGGUCUCCCGUGAAAACCACCACUGUGAAAGUACUGAAAUACAACAAGUCAGUGCAGAUAAUUCUUCAGGGGACAAAUAUCUUAACGGGUGAAAGCCACCCAAUCCAUCUCCAUGGGUAUGACUUUUACAUAGUGGGAUCAGGAUUCGGCAAUUAUAAUGCAGCAACGGAUCCAUCGAAUUUCAACCUUGUGGAUCCUCCCAUGCGCAACACUGUCAAUGUUCCAGUCAAUGGGUGGGCUGCUAUUAGAUUUGUCGCUGACAACCCUGGGACAUGGUUACUGCAUUGUCACUUGGAUGUACACAUAGGGUGGGGUUUGGCCAUGGCUUUCGUUGUGGAAAAUGGAGGGGAUUACUUGUCAACUCUGGAGGAGCCUCCAGCAGAUCUUCCCGCAUGCUAACUUGACAAUGGCAGGAAGAUCUUUGCUCGCUUAAUUCAUUCUGUCAGCUUUAGUCAUUGUUUUUCAUUUUCUCUGUCCAUUCAGAUUCCUCUCCCGUUAAGCCAAUUUCCUAUUUGUAUUUUUAUCCCCAUUUCACAGAUAUCUGUAAAACGGGAUUUAGAAUCCAAUAUCAACACUACAUUUUCUUAUUCAAUGGGAUGAUGAAUUUUAUGAUUUUAUUC